AUGCAAUAUCCCGAUGCGUGGUUCCCUCCGUUCGAAAUCGUAGCUGAGACGCAGGAUCCGGACGGCGAGGAGGAGAAGACUGAAGAUGUUGGCGUGGUACCUGUUACCGAAGAUCUCGCACAAUUAUCUUCGCUUUCGCAACAUCCAACCACCCCGUCGACCUAUCGUUUGAAAGAAACCACCAAGGUCAUCCAUUCGAGCGUGAUUUGCAAGCUUACUCGUAUUUGCAGACACCCAUGGCUAAUCGAAGAGAUCAAGAAAGUUUGCGUCGCGAUGAAGCAAGUUCAGCUGGAAGGCUGGCAUCUCGCCAACUUGCACGUGCUGCGAUGUUUGAAAGAAAGAGACGACGUUCCCAAGUUGGAGCAGAUGUUCUUUUAUCGAUGCUGUGUUGCCACGCUUGGCAACAUCGAGAAGCGAGAUCGCCUCAAGAAGACGACAAACUACGAGACACGAGGACUCCGUAAGGCGCGUGGCUGCAGCUAUUAUAGCUGA